AUGGCAUCAGGUGGUCACAGCGAUUUAAAAGAAGUGUUUGACAAAUACUCGAAAUUCGGCAAAACUGAAGCUCAAUUGAAGGAAAGAGACAUCCGAAUUGAAUCGAAAAAUAUCCAGAAAAUGAUGAAAGACGGUGGUGUCAUCGACAGUAAAUACACGACUCAAUUGCUUGAUAAUGAUAUGGCUCGAGUACUUGGCAAGCUGACAACUGGUGGAACUUAUCAAAAAGGCAUUAAAACAUUUGAGUUGAAUGGCUUCAAACUACUGAUCGAUCAGAUCGCCGAUUCGAAGAAAACAACGGCUGAUCAUAUCAUCUCGCAAAUCAGUUCAACAGGUGGUCCAAGUUUAGCUAAUGUUACCGGCACAGCGAAUAAGAAUAUUACCGAUCGUAUGACAAACGUCAGCCAUUAUACAGGUUCGCACAAAGAACGUUUUGAUGCUGAAGGUCAUGGCAAAGGCAAAGAAGGCCGUACAGAUGAAGCCAAGAAUAGCGGUUACCGCACUUGUUUCUGUUGUAUUGUCGUCACUUUCCGACUAAAUCAAUUAUUUUCAAAAGCUGAUGAAUUCAACGAUUGCCAAUCAAACAAACCUCCUCCGUCCGAAGUAGACUCUACUUCAAGUUCAGUUAAUUCUACGAAAACGAAUCUUGCUUUGAGAUCCAAACAAAAAAUCAAAAAGGAAAAAGAACUUGCACAAGCCAAUGCUGAAGGUACAAUUCAAAUUCUUCCAACGGGUCGUGUCAGAUAUGGCCCGAUAACGGUUAAUCCGCGUAAACAACCUUCAAAAACUUUAUUUACGGGUCGCCGAUCGAAAUACGAACAGCUUAAUGGCGAUGACGAAGAAAAACGUCGUGUGCGACGUGAACGUAAUCGUAUCGCUGCAACGAAAUGUCGUGAAAAACGUGAAGGUGUUCUAUCAAAACUUGAACUUGAUCAUCUUCAUGAAUCACAACUGCAUACGCGCCUACUACAGAACGUUUCACAAUUAGAACAGAGAAAACAGGCUCUUCAAUCAAUGAUAUCCACUCAUAUGCUGGAUUGUACGCUACCACAAAUCAAUUCCAUAGCAAUUCCGCCACAAGAACAACCCACUAUGGUUUUUGGCGAUUCAACUUUUCUUACAUCGAUUAGAGAAACACAUGCUCUUCCACUUCCUUCUCACCAACCACAGCUAAUAUCCCACGGCGAAGAAGAGUGUAGUAAUUUUCUCCAACCAGCACCCGUACUGACAAAUUCAGUAUAUGAUUCAGAUCAAUCCAACUAUAUAUAUCUCUCAGAACAACAAUCUCACCCAGAAACAAUAACCAUGUAUUCAAGUAGUAUCGAACGUUUGAUCAAUAGUAUUGAAUCGUCAGCAGCAUAUGUCGAUAAUAAUAAUAAUAACAACAACAACACAUCUUCAGGUCUGUUUAAUUCAGCAUACGGAUCAUCGACAUGUGCUCAACAACAUUCAAGUUCAAGUGAGGACGGUUCGUUGCCACCAACAAAAAAGAACACUUUUGUAUGUUAA